AUAGUGAUGAAGGUGUAGAUAAUGAAGGUGUAGAUAGUGAUGAAAAUAUAAAUAGUGAUGAAGAUAUUGAUAGUAAUGAAAGUAUUGGUAGUAAUGAAAGUAUAGAUAGUAAUGAAAGUAUAGAUAUUAAUGAAGAUUUAGAUGAUGAAGAAGAUGCAGAUGGUGGAAAUUUAAAUUUUAUUUUUGAUGAAAAUUAUAUCAAAGGGUUAAAACUUUUAGCAUUAAAAAUUAAACAUGGAAUAACAGAUAUUGCUUUUAAUGAUAUUUUAAAAACUUUUAACCUUAAUAUUUCUUUAUAUAAAUUUCUUUUACAAUAUUCUGACAAGAAUCAAGCAAAAGAAUUAAGAUAUAGACAUGAAUAUACAUCAACUGAACAAUAUUUAUCUGGUGAUAAAUAUAUAGAUAUUUUUGAUGGCAGAAUAUAUAAAAAUUUAUUAGAAAAAAACUAUUUUAAUGAUGAAAGGACAAUUGCACUUACUGCUUCUUCAGAUGGUUACCAAAUUUUUAAACAAAAAACAGAUGAUUGUUGGAUUAUUUUAUUUAUUAAUCAUAAUUUACAUCCUUCUAUAAGAUUUAAAAAAUCAAAUUUAUUGAUUACAAUGUUAAUUCCUGGACCUAAAUCACCAAAAGACAUGAAUUCAUUUUUAGUUCCUCUUAUUGAAGAAUUAAAAGAAUUAUCAA